AUGGCUGAUAGGCCGAUCACAACAACAGCGUCUCGUCUUAUGGCGCUGCCUGGUGAGUUGCGCAAUCGCAUAUACAAAGCCAUCACCGACGAUGAAGGGCCUAAAGAGACCCGCCUAUGGCGACCGCGCCCUUGCGGGCAGUUCCCGAAGGUCCGCAAUCCUGGUCUCCGAUACCUCGGCCUCGGUCAAACGAAUUGCAUGUUCCGUAGCGAGUUUAUGCCGCUCUACGUGACAGCUCGUCGAACGCUCAUUGCCAUAGAAGACGUUCCCUACUACCUCGAGGCCUUUCCUCUCACUGAUCCGGCUCUUACUGCUUCCAUAAUCACCGUACUACGAGAUUUGCUUUCCGUCUUCCGGGGACAGACAUCGACUUCCAAAAUCGAUGUUCUUCCCCUUCUACGUGCGGAUUGGACGAUGAUGACUUUCAUUAUUGCCCUAGAGAUGAUGAACAAUAUAUCGAACUACGGCUAA